AGGCUGACUCCUAUGUCAACACAGCUCUUGGGACGGACAGCAAAACCUCCGACGUUGGUUCCCAUCAUCAUUUAACCUAACAACGUGUGGUAUUUAACGGCAGAGGAAUUAUGCAAGUUGGAGGGGAACAAAAUUCUUGGGCUGACUGCUGCAAGUGAUUCUGCCAAAUGAGACUUCUCUUUUCUUUUGUUCAUUUUCCUCAUUCCUCCUGAAUGCACGAGGGGGAUCUAUCAAUAUGCGUUGUACGUGUUAUGUGUUUUGUUUUAGCUGUUCUCCCCGGGACAAUCCGCUCUGACUGUCUGCUCUGAUUCUAACCAAUCAGAAGUAACUACUUGUAAUGUGAUCCUAAAUACCGUGGCAUUUUGAGAGCGAAUAGCCAAUAUCGAUGGCCAAUCAGAGGCAUCUGAGGGUCAUGGAGUGAAGUCGUCGAGUGUUUUCAGCCAGAUAGGAUUUCUGCUGUUACGGCUUUUUUUGUCUUCAGUAAAUAAUCGCAGUCCUUCACAGCACCCAUCAGAUUUCUUUGCAACGUUCUCUGAACAGUGAAUGAUUGCUUUGCCGUCUUUCAUCUCUCUUGCCUUUUUUGUUUUGUGAAAACUGUAUCCAUUUUGGUAUUUGUCAUCAGACAGGCUACAGAUGCAGUUUAAAGGCCAGUGAGGCACAUGCACGUGUAAUUUGUCCAGAUGUUGUGGCUGAACAAGGAAUGAACUGACUGGUACAAACCUCUGCAAGGCAGUGCAUUUGUUUUGGAUCUAGGUGAGGAGAUGUAACGUGGUUUAUACAAGUGUAGGCAUCAAGCCUCUCCCUUUAUUGAUCUGUGGAAACUCUCGAGCAACACAUUCACAGCCUCACCGAGAAUGCACCUCCCGCUGCCUCAGAGUGGAGCCAAGAUUGUGAGUGGUGACUAACAUUACGUCUGCUCCAUUGUGUGCAUUGACUCACUGUGGCAUCAUCUCUGUGCAUGAAAGUACCGGUACAUGUACAUGUGUGAAAGUACCGUAAACCAAGGCACGAUUUCAAUACCGACAGUUGCCCAUCCACUGAAUGUAACCUACACAUUCACAGGGACAUGCAUGUACAUGUAUGUUAAAGGGAUUUUUUUUCAACCUUGUUUAUUGAAGAAAUGGCCUCUACUAAUAUGCAACAUUCAUCUUUUGAUCUGCUGGUUAUAAUGAACUGUAUUAGUAUUGCACUGAGGAACCACCUUCGAUCCUAGGCCACUAGAUCCAAUAUUGUUUAAAGGCCGUUUAAUCUUCAGUUUCUAUUCACCUGUUUGCUGAUUGCAUCUGUAAUCAGUGGAGUUUGUGAAAUCUAUGGUCUUUUAUCAGUGUGUUUAAGCAGUUGGGUUGCUGGCUAUGGUGACUGAUAUUAAUCCUGUAAGCAUUAUUGCCCAGUUUAAUCAAUCAGUAUUGUAAUGCAUCCGCUGGCAGUGGCUGGCCCGUUGCCGAGGUAGAGGAGACUGGAUGAUUUGUAUAAUGCGCCAUUAAUGUGGCUUGUAAGAUGACUCAUUUUACUCCAGGAAAAAAAAAUCAUAACAAGGUUCAAGUGACUGUAACCGGGUUAUGAAUGCUUGGAAACUGUGUUAACAGACGGCCCUUUGGCCAUGGGCACAUGUUUGAGCAGAUGGACAGAAGUGAGCGUACUGAUUUCAACGUUUUGGGACAGUUCAUCCUAAGAACUUGACACGCCUGUGCCCAAGUGACAAGGCAAUUAUGAGAAUGAUUGGGUGUACUUUGGGAGGGCGCAAGCACGUAUGCACACCUCCGCUGGACGGCUUUGCUUCUCUCCAACUGGCGUAAAUUGAAAACAACGCUUCGUGGGCAGACGUCAGUGGCUGAGCUCUGCAUUGUCAGAUUCACAGAAGUGGGACAGUUUAAAAAACGGGAUUAAUUUUCACGCAAAAGGCAUAGAGCCUUUCUGGACUUUUGGAAGCUCAGGUGUCAUCAGUAUCUUCUUUCGCUCUUACAUUGUCACCAACCUUGGCUUGCCACAUUCAGUACUCUUCAAGUCUAAAGAACUGGUCAAUUCACGUGCCAAGCUGCACGUACGAUCAUGUUCCACCGUUACAAGAAAAUGAAUGAUAGUGUUUAACUGCAAAUUAUCCCUACUCAAAGCGGAGGUGUCUCAAAUUUUUUGAGGAAGAUGUCAACAGGACAUGUCCUUUCUUGAUGUAUCCUUGCCAAUCGGGAAUUGCAACCAUUGGAGAAGUUUAUAUCAUUUCGUGGAGAUUUGAUGAAUGUUGGUAAUGUCAAGUAACAUUUCGCAAUUGAAUGCACAUUGACUGACUGAUGUGCUACAUUGGAAUGGUAGUCUGUUACAGUUUUCAGAAUUACUGGAUUGCAUCUAACGGGACCUCUGUCAAAGUUACCAUCAGUGACCUUGAAUGCGACAUGAGUGGCUGAGAUGAAAGCCUCUUGAGACAAACGCAAGAGCUAAAGAGAUAGUCAUUUGUGCUUAGCAUCAUGUGCCAUUCACAACGUUCAUGGUCUGUCGGUUCUCGGGAAGGCCUGAAGUCGCUACGUAACCGACAUCGUGAGGACUACGUAUUGGAGGAGGAGGAAUAUAGCUCCCCAGAGGUUGUGCUGCGGCAGAUUCAUCGGCAGGUGAUUCGGUCCCGGUCAGCGUCGGAUUAUGAUGAAGAGCGAGGACCAGGUGACUAUAGCAGCCCUAAGCCAGCCAGUGCCACUGCUGUGGGCUUUGCCAACUCCUUCCCUCGGAGCUUCCGACUAGGGCGCCCUCUGUCUAUCGAUGAGAGUCGUAUUGCGCGUCGAGGUAGCCUUGGCGGGGCUGGGCUGCUCACACAGCAGUUCUCUCCAGCAGCGGGACCCAAUACGGGGUACCAUACUAGCACCACGAAUGCGCUCACCCUGGGAGAGUCAUCCAAUCUGCAGAGAGUACGGCACCUGCUCGGUCAAUCAGCACCCUCGUUAUCUGCAAGUUUGAAGGAUCUGAGCCUGUCCCGGAGAGGAAGUUACUGCAGUCGAUCAAGGAGCAGAAAGGACCGAUCACCUCAGAAGAAACGUUCCGUCUCGCCAGCAUCACAAGUGAGCCCUCUGGACAGCCCACGUGUCCCCCCUCAUGGUGCUGCUGCCCAUUUCCCCUUUGCUUCAGUGCGACAAGCUGAUGGUAGACGAUGGUCUCUGGCUUCUCUGCCGUCCUCUGGCUAUGGAACCAACACACCCAGCUCAAAUGUUUCCUCUUCCUGCUCCAGUCAGGAGCGCCUCCACCAGCUUCCUUACCAGCCUACGGUGGAGGACUUGAACCUUCUCACCCAGCAUUUGAGUGGCAGCGAGGGCAAUGUUAUGUUAGAUGUGGAGGAGAGCGGUCGACGCUCACCCAACUUCAGACCUCGCUCCAGGAGCCUCAGCGGAGCGAGCAGUCCCUUGAUGAGUAACUCGGACAGUGAAUUGAUGAUCAUGAACAGUCUGUACAAGGAACGGUUCCCCAAGGCCAAGGAACAGAUGGAGAAAAGACUGAAGGAUUUCAUCAUCAAGCAUUCCUCAGACCAGAUGGAAGCCAGUGACGCCAUCUACAUGUUCCUGGUGCACCAUGCCAUUGAGCUGGCUCGGGACUGUCUAGAGAAGUCGCAGGGUGACCUCCUGUCUCACGUCUACCUCUCUGAGAUGGCCAACAAACUGCAGGUGUUGUCAGAGGAUGCUGAGCGAAGGUCCGAUGCUUCUGCCCAAGCAUUUGCUAAAGUGGAGCGAGAAUUGCUCAUGAUCAUUGCUAGACCUGGCAGACUCCUAGAAUGUUUGGAAUUUGACCCUGAGGAAUUCUACCACAUUUUGGAGGAGGCCGAAGGGCAUGCAAAGAACGUGGGCGGGCCAGUUUCCAUCGAUCUCCCAAAGUACAUCAUUGGUCAGCUAGGACUUACCAAAGACCCCUUGGCUGAUUUCUAUGAUGUGAUGGUGUAUGAUGACCAACAACCCUCACAACAUCAGCAGCAACAACAUCAACAACAUCAACAACAUCAACAACAUCAACAAUCGCAGCAGGAAGAAUCUGAAACUGAUGAAACUGGUGACAGGGAGAGAAGACAUAGCAGUUUCAAGGAGCCAGAGGAGAGCGACUUUGAGAACAUCAAGAUUAUCAGCAAUGGUGCUUACGGUGCUGUUUACUUGGUGCGAUACAAACCCACCUUGCAGCGGUUUGCCAUGAAGAAGCUUUGGAAACAUAACCUAGCUCUCCGCAAUCAAGUGGACCAGGUCUUUGCUGAACGAGACAUCCUGAGUUUUGCUGAGAAUCCCUUUGUGGUCGGCAUGUUUUGCAGCUUUGAAACCAAGAAACACCUGUGUAUGGUCAUGGAAUAUGUUGAGGGAGGUGACGUGGCUACUUUACUGAAGAAUAUUGGACCGUUACCCUUUGAAAUGGCCAGGCUUUACUUUGGGGAAGCAGUCUUGGCUGUUGAGUAUCUCCAUAGUUACGGAAUCGUGCAUCGUGACAUCAAGCCCGACAACCUGCUUAUUACGUCAACUGGUCACAUCAAGCUGACAGACUUUGGUCUUUCCAAGAUUGGACUCAUGAGCUUAACGACAAACUUGUAUGAGGGUAGUGUAGACCAUGACACCAAACUGUUCAUAGACCAGCAGGUGUGUGGUACUCCCCAGUACAUUGCACCUGAAGUCAUCCUGCGACAGGGCUACGGGAAACCGGUGGACUGGUGGUCCAUGGGAGUUGUGCUGUUUGAGUUUCUGGUUGGUUGUCCACCAUUCUUUGGAGACACUCCGGAAGAAUUGUUCACCCAAGCUAUCAAUGUGGACAUUGAUUGGCCAGAUGGUGAGGACACUCUUCCUGAUGAUGCCCAAGACCUCAUCAUGAAACUCCUUCAGCAGAACCCCUAUUUCCGCCUGGGCACAGGAGGCAGCCAUGAAGUCAAGGAACAUAUCUUCUUUGCCGGUUUGGAUUGGGGCUCCAUGCUGCGACAGAAGGCGGAGUUUAUACCCCAGCUGGAGGGGGAGGAAGACACCAGUUACUUUGACACUCGUUCUGACCGAUACAACCACGAGCUGGAUUCAGAGGAAGAUGAAGAAGAAGACACAUUGGAAAUUGGGAACUUCACAACAUUCUCUCCGCGCUACAACCGUUCCUGCAGCAGUGUGUCUCAGUCAUCAGAUGACUCGGAACGUCGUGAGCGAUCGCUGAGCGCUCCCAUGCCCAUACCUAGCUUUGGUGCAUCACCUCCGCUGCCCCAAGACAGAGAGGGUGCUAGUCACUCUUCUCUUCCUGUCAGGAGCAAGAGCGAGAAACUGGCAGGGGAGCAUCCGACAGUUGUCAGACGGCACAGCCACAGGUCUGGUGACCCUAUUAUCAUGGAUUCUCUGCAUGCUUCCAAUGAGCUGACACCAGACUAUUCACCUCGCACUCAUCGCCGUCUGACCAGGAAGCCCGGAUUGAAGGAUGUCCUGCCAAGGUUCUCCAUCUCCUUGGAGGAGGACAGUCCAUCAGGAGCAUCGUCAUCUUCCAAUGAACCACAGUCCUCAUCACCAGCAUUGUCCAAAGACGGGAACAGCAGCUCUGGUAGCCAGGGGAGUCUUACCGGUGUGGACCAGGCUGGACAGUCACGGCCGGUCAUCAAAUCAGCAUCUUCUGGGACAUUGUCUCUUAUCAUCCCUACAGGAGAAGAGCUUCAUGUUCCAUCCCCUCUCAAUUCUCCUGGUGAGUCCAGUACCAGCUCCCGGGAUGGCACUAGUUCACGGGAUGGUUCACCAUCCAGGGACUUCUCCCUGGCGACAGGACCUCUCAAGCCUCCAAUCGUAAUCAAGAAGUUCCCACGGCGACGGAGGUACGGAUUCCAGAUGCGGGCAAUUCGGGUCUACCUUGGUGAGAGCAACGUGUACACCAUCCAUCAUUUGGUCUCGAAUGUGGAGAAGCAAAGCCCAGCCUAUGAGGCUGGCCUGAGGCCAAUGGAUCUCAUUACUCAUAUCAACAAUACACCUGUUGAAGGUUUGAUUCAUCGUGACAUCAUUGAGCUCAUGCUCAGUGAUGAGAACCAAGUAGUCCUCCGUGUCGUUCCGUUGGAGAACACCACCAUCAAAACAGGCAGCCGACGUCACACAUUGGCCGGUAGCAAGAUGGCACGCCGUCGUAAGAAGUCCAAGCGUCGUGACACCAUCGAUAGGAAACGUCGCAGCUCCGUCUAUCGCCGGCCAAGUCUCAGGAAGGGAUCUGCUGAUCAGGUCUCGCCCCUGGCACUGUCGGGGGGUCGUGGAAGCAGCAUGGUGGCUUAUCGCUCACCACCAUCUAAUGAGGCUUCUCCUCGUUCACCUACCCUAAUGAAAUCUCCUCGCUCACCGCCGAUAUUCCAUGCUCCUUUGGAGGCCUCAGUCAGCUCUCCAGUCAAUCUCUCUCAAAGUAGUUCCUCAGGGUCCAGUGGCCCCAAUUCUCCGGCCUCUAUGUCUGCGUCUUAUUCCUCCUCACGGCCGAGCUCUCUCCAGGGCCUUGCGCACAAGCUCCCAAGGGUAUUCCACAAGAGUGGACCUCGACGGAAGUCGGUGGGUCACAUUCCCCUGUCGCCAUUGGCUAGGACACCAAGUUCAUCGCCAAUUCCAACAUCACCGGUCAGAACUCCAAGUCCACUCACUAUCGUGACUAACCUGGGUCAUUCCCCAGGGAGUUCCAACACGACACAGACGUACCCAGCUCAUGGCCUAGCCAGCCCCACCCUGACAGCACCAAUGAAAGCCAAACCCAAGAAGUUCAUCCGACCUAAGAAUCUAGACACUCCGCCCUCUCCACUUCUACGCCGUGCACUCUCUCCAGAGCAUGAGAGACCCACUUCAGACUUCUUUGCUGCUCAGCCAAGACAUCGAGCAGACUCGGGAACAGACUGUGUACCCAUCCCAGAUAUAAUUGAAGAUACUUCAGAGAAAUCCAAGGCACCGGACCAGGUAAAGGUUGAAAUUGACAAAACAGACAAAUUUAAGGUAGACACCAAGGCUUCUGAGAAAAUCAAACAGGAAAUCAAAGAAAAACCAGACAAAAGCUCCAUUGUAGAACCAGUCGUCAUCGAAACUACUAAAACAGAAAAAUCUAAAGGUGAUAAGUCCAAGUCAGAGAAAACAAAAUCCAAGUCAGAGGACGGUCCUGGUCCUGAGAAGACUAGAACAAAAGAGAGAGGAAAGUUAGAUAGGAGCAAAACGGAAGAAAAUUUGAUCUCAGAAAAGACACGACAAGACAAGGGUAAACAAGAGAAAACCAUACUAGAGAGGUGUAAAUGGGACAAGACAAAAUCUGACAAGAAAUCAAAGGAUUCUGGCCGAUCAUCUUCUAAGGGCAAAUAAGACUAAUUUGUUCAACCUUUGCCAUUUUCUGUUUUUCUGCCUCCUGUCUUGAACAUUAGGAGAAAAAUACUAAAAAGCGCAUGUAUAAUGAACUAAAUGUGGCAAUUUUCAAAGUAAUAUCUAUAGAUAUAUAUUUAAUGGCAUUCAACAUUCCUAGCCUCCAUUAUGUAUGUGUAAUGUUUUGUCUAAAACUUAUGUCAUGGUUACUGCCUGUAAAGACAUACCUAUAUAAAUUCUAAAACUGUAAAUAAGAUUGUUGGUGUUGAUGGCGCUAUGAUAGUUUUAAUAGUGGGGUCUGGUAGCUUUAAAAAAGUCAAGAAGUUAAAUGCUAACUUGGAUUUAUCAUUUGCAACAUUAUUUAAAGGAAUGUUUGGAUUUGCAUCAAGUGUUUGAAGGAUUGUUGAAGGCAAUAAACAUGUGCUCUUUUUUGGAAAAAGAUGGAAACUGCUAUUAAUAACUUUUCAAAAUAUGAGAAGUUGGAAGGAGUGGCAGCUGACUAGAUUUCCAUAAAACAAGACACCACAUUUUGAAGAAGGAUGGAGCUGGGCUGUGCUCUGUUUGACCACAAAAUAUAGACAGCAUGUGAAAGAUUUUUGUCAAAAAAGCUUUGGACGUCAAAACCAUACUUCCUAAGAGAUGUCACGUUGUCUUUACAUCAUGUGAAUAUUUAGAAAUUGGCAUGGAUUUCCUGGAAUGGGAAUUGAAGGCAAGAGGGAAUGUGAAUAAUCAGGGUACAUUUGUGUAAAUAUGUGUAAAUAUUUCAUCUAUGUAAGUACUCAAAGUAUUGAAAUGUUUAUAGUUUAUUGAUCAAAUCGACAUUAAUUAUUGAGUAUUUAUUAAUAGUGGAUAGAAAUCUUAUUUGAUCAGUUCAAUUAUCAAUUGGAUGAAAGUCAUUUCUCUAACUUUCACAUCCACAUAUAUUUAUCUAUGUUACCCUUGACAUAUUUAUCCCACAGGUGGUUAAUUCUCUGUAAGCGAGUCUGUCCAAAUGACUAUUGUGCUUUUGUAAUAUGUUUUGUCCUGGUAUCUUUUGGGACUUUGACAAGAUCUUUGACAAAAGUCCUGGAGAAGUUCAUGACAAAAUCUGGUGUUACAUUAGACUGGCUUCCAUACCCCAUUCCUUCAUUUUAAUACAAUUGGGAAUGGGUUGAAGGUUAUUAUUGUAAUUGUAAGACCAACAAAUUUUUGCCAGUUAUUGUUCAAACUGAAGAUUAAGUUUAAUUAAUUAUAAAGAGGAGACCUCAAGUUUUUUGUACAUUUAACCCUAGUGAAGUGAAGUCCUGUGAUGAUCUGUGUUUGAAAAUUUCAUCGAUGACAUGCUUACACCUUUGUGUAACCUGUGCUAAGAAAAUCUUUAACAACUGCUCUCUGUAUUUGGAUGUAAUUGACAUCAUGAAUAUGUAUGGCUUGCAUUGUCCAUUUACUUCAAGUGUUCACUGUUCAUUUUGGUUAUUCAUUCACUGUUGUUAUUGCGUUACAGAAGUAUUUCCAAAGCUCUCAAGUACGUAUGCGGUAUAUCAAAGUGAAUGUUACCUUUUCUGUAAAUCAGAAAGUAUUGAAGAUUUAAACUCUUUCAUGCUGGGCUGUGAUUUUUUUUACUUAAACAAUGAAGAUUGUUUAGGAUGUGAGCGCAAACCAGUUGGAUGAUAUCGGACAUCGCUUCUGCUAAGAGUUGGUAUUUUAAAAUCAACAACAAUAGUGAGUUGGUGGCAUUGCUUGCAUGUUGGUUUCUAGUACUGCCUUGCCAUAUUAAAGCAUUUACCAGUGUAUGAAGUAACCUCAGUAAUUAACCUCAGAGUAAUUCUUAAUUUUGAUGUUGUGUAAAAUGUCAGAUGUUGACUUGGUUACAAGUUGAAGUGCACAAAGUAAUCUUUGAACUGUGGUGGUACCCUGCCACGCGCGGUGCAUAUGCGUAGUUAGAAUAAUCUGUAUUUCUUGUGGCCUUACAUUGCUAUUUUGUUUAGCGUAAGUGUCCAUCGUUGAUUUUGUUUUUGGUGUGUGUGACAGCUUUUAAAAAAGCUUUUGUACAUACAAGAUAUAUCUUUUACUUUCCCUUUUUUUUAAAUCUUGAAUUGAUUUCAUUAAAAAAUUCUCCUCUUUGGGAAAACAAAGAUUUCUUUAACUAUUGAGGACAGUUUGGGGAAGGGUGUGGCUUGUUUCAAAACACUAGUUGUUUCAGUUAUUUUUGAAGAAGAUCCAACUUGCCUUAGGAAUAACAGCUAAUGGUGUACCGUGUACAAAUUGGGAUGGAAGGGUAUUCCUACUUGUAUAACACUGCCCCUUCUAGCAUUAUUGUUACCAGCUCUGCACAUCUCUUCAAUUCCAAUUUAGCUUGAACGCUCAAACAAUGAUUUUGUCAUUUUAUUGUAAAGAUUAUUACAGUUUGUUGAAUCAGGGGAAGAGAAUAAUAGCCGAAUGUUUGUUUAUGGAGUAAGAAACAA